AUGGGUCAGUCGCUGCUGGUAUCAGCCAAUACCGAGAUCGUCAACUUCGGCGUGGCACCUAGCGUAGACGUGCCGCUGCCUCAGUCGCCCGCCUGGCGAAGGCUCUCCCCGAAUGAACCCGAACAGCUAUUCAACGUCUUUCCCGCACCUCUCGGUACCGCACUGGAGGAUGUGUGUGAGCCCGAAGCAGAGAGCUCGUUCGGGGACUGUCCACAUGAGCUCUGGCUAUCUAUCGGUACUGAAGACCCAGCUUGGGCAGCAUACUCGAAGUUCACUUUGCGGGUCUCGUGGCCCGCCUCAUCUCCCGCCGACUUUUACCUCAACACUUACUCCCCAGAGUCUUUGGGUCAACUCGUCUACGGCCGCAACAUGGCCAUGCCAGGAGGCGCACUAACACGGCGGACAUACGCACGUAUUCGCGUGAUCAGUUCAGGCGUCCUGACCCCGUCUCAUGCGCACCGACACCUCACCUUGGAUCCGGUUUCGUUCAUGGUGGCCGUCGAGCCUUUAUACCUUGGCGUCCUUCCGACCUCCGUGGUCCCUACUAUUCUUGCUAUCGUCGCUGUAACAACGCUCGCAGGAUGGUUGGUGGUGCCCUUCAUCACGGAGCAUUUGAUGGCAAUUGCUGGGCAAAUCAAGGCGGAAAUUCCGAGCGGGAGCGAUCGAAAAUCGCAAUAA